AUGAUACCGACCUACUUCGCCAACGCGAUAUCCCUCAUCGUUCAAACUGCUGCGAAACAGGCCCCACCUCCAUCUCCUCCACCACCAGCCGCCCUCUUGACCACCUCAAGCAGCCUCGCUGUUUCGCUCAAGUCUUCUUUCCCGGAUCAAAAUCUAGCAUUACUACCUCAACCGUACUGGUGGUGGCAGUCCGGAACUGCGGUCGAAGCGCUUCUCAACUAUGGUCCAACAACAGGAGAUUGGCAGUAUGAGGAGAUGCUAAAGAACACGAUCGUGACUCAAGCGACAGCAACAAACGACUUCAUGACCAUCGAUGCCACCGGCAACGAUGAUCAGGCAUGGUGGGCGCUCGCUGCCCUGACAGCCGCCGAGAACAAAGUACCGCAACUAGGAGGCAUAGCUUGGGUCAACCUAGCAAGAAACGUCUUCAACGAGCAAAGACAGCGCUAUGAAGACGGUGCAAACACGUGCGGGGGCGGACUACGCUGGAAGAUUGACUACGAAGACGGAAACAACGGAUGGCACUACAAGAACGCCAUUACAAACGGAUUAUUCUUUCAACUCGCCGCCCGUCUCGCCCAUCUCACAAAUGACACAGAGAGUUUGGCCUGGGCGGAAAAGACGUAUGCUUGGAGCACGAAAGUCGGACUCGUGGACAAAGAUUUCAAUGUCUACGAUGGGACAGACGAAGAGAAUGGAUGUUCGGAUCUGAACCACAACCAGUGGAGUUAUAAUGUUGGAGUUUAUCUCUAUGGCUCUGCUGUUAUGGCAGUCCAUACCAAAGACGACAAAUGGGUCAACCGAACCCGCGGUUUUAUUGCUUCUGCGAAGCGGACUUUUACUUCACCAGAUACUGGCGCUUUGUUUGAAUCAAGAUGCGAAGGUAAGGAUAUAGAUGAUGGAGGUUGUGACACGGAUCAGGUUUCUUUCAAGGGUUUGUUGGCACGCUGGUUAGGUGCUGCGGCAGAAAUCUUACCAGAGGUCAAGGAAGAUGUUGAGAAGAUUAUCAAUGCGGCUGCAACUGCGGUUCAGGAUGGAGAGAAGACAGAUUUGGGGCCUAUCGAAAGCUUCAAUGCUUUGGAGGUAGUUGACGCGAGUCUGAGAAUGCAGGGAUUAGGUGGUGUGGAGGGUGUCAUAGGGUUAGGAAAGGCAAGAAGAACAAAGAGAAGCGUUGCUGGCAGGAUAUCAUGGUGA